AUGGCAGAAGAGGCUUUGAUAGAACCUAAUGGGAAAAGUAGAGGGCAUCUAACCUCAUCCCUGUUGGCGGUAGCGUUCCUCUCUUCUUUUGGGAGCUCCAUGCUGUAUGGUUAUAACCUGGCUGUUGUUAAUUCUCCUGCAGAGUACAUAAAGGACUUUUAUAACCAAACCAUUGUGAGGCGGAAUGGGUCAGGAGUGGAUAAAGAGUCUCUCACACUUAUUUAUUCAGUCACUGUGUCUAUAUUUGCCAUUGGAGGCCUGGUGGGCUCUCUCACAGUGGGAAUACAAGUUACCAGAUUUGGGAGGAGAGGGACACUGGUACACAGCACAGUUCUGGUGUUUAUCGCCGGAGUGCUGAUGGGCUUCAGCCGAUUAUGCGGAUCUCCAGAGAUGAUCAUCAUUGGGCGCUUCAUUGUAGGGAUACACUCAGGGAUUUCUCUCAGCGUAGUGCCCAUGUAUCUGGGAGAAAGUGCUCCAAAGAAUCUCCGGGGCUUCCUAGGACUCGUGCCCAGCAUCUUCAUCUGCAUAGGAGUGUUUAUCGCUCAGAUUCUGGGACUCCAUGAGCUCUUGGGCAAGGAAGAGCACUGGCCUCUGUUCCUCUCUCUAGUUGUGGUGCCUACAUUCAUACAGCUCAUGCUGUUGCCAUGGUUCCCAGAGAGUCCGAGAUAUCUGUUGAUGGAAAAGCGGAACAUUCAUGCCACUAUCACAGCACUGAAGUGGUACCGUACCAAAAGUAACAUCCAAGCUGAGGUGGAGGAGAUGCAGGAAGAGCAGCGCUCUCUGUCCUCAGUAGAGACUGUCUCAGUAUUGCAGCUCGUCAGGGAUCCGUCUGUUCGCUGGCAGCUUGUUACAGUCCUUGUGGUCAAUGCUGGCAUGCAGCUGUCUGGAAUCGAUGCGAUCUGGUUCUACACCAAUGCCAUCUUUGAGAAUGCGGGUAUUCCUGCCCAUCAGAUUCAGUACACAACCGUGGGCACUGGAGCCAUAGAGGUCAUCGCUGGAUUCAUAGGGUGCUUUACUAUUGAGCGUGUGGGUAGGAGGCCUCUGAUGAUUGGUGGCUUCAGCUUUAUGGGUGUGUGCUGCGCUGGAAUCACUUUCUCCCUACUAUUACAGGCUCACGUAUCCUUCAUGCGGUAUGUCAGUGUGGCCUGUGUGGUUGGAAUCAUCGCAGGAUUCUGCAUUGGGCCUGCUGGUGUCCCGUUUCUCAUGACAGGAGAGCUCUUUAAACAAUCCCAUCGACCUUCUGCCUACAUUGUAGGGGGAUUUCUCAACUGGAUAUCUAACUUCACUGUGGGAUUUGUCUUUCCAUUCCUUCAGAUGUCAGCUGGUGCGUUCUGUUAUCUGGUGUUCUGUGGUGUGUGUGUGGGGGUGGCAGCCUACGUUUUCUUCAUCAUCCCUGAAACAAAGAACAAAACCUUUGUGGAGAUCAGUCAGAUGUUCGCUUCAAGAAAUGCUUGUGAAAUUGAAAACCAGCCGCUGGGAAUCACUGACCAACUCGGGCUCAAAAAAAUGAAGGGGUAUGGUGCACUGGUGCCUGGAGAUGUGGACAAAAUGGACAGGACCGAGAAAUAGUUGUGAAGAAAGAGGGCAGUAUAUGCUGUGUUCUGGUGCUACAAACCACUCUUCUGUGCACUGCAAGAAUGUGAUGUUUUCCUGAAUUAUCUUGUGUCAUUAGAUCACUUAUAAAAGCACCAUUAAAGUAGCCCAUAUAGAGCUUUUAUUUCCAAGUCUUGUGAAGCCAUUCAAUCGUUUGUGUAAUGAACAGACUAAAAAUAGAGCUUAUGCACUAGUUGGAAAUCAACAACAUCUCAUAUUAUUGUUCGACUAGUAACCAAAUGUCAAAUCGGUACAAUAGAUGCCAUGUUUUGAGAGUUUCAA